AUGGUUAGUCGUUGGUGUGCCUCUAAUCCCAUUGUGUGGAUUGGGCCGUUAGCUGGUUUUGGAGGUGAUGGAAUAAGUGAGAAAUUAUCGGAGGUGAUGUUAAUAAAUGUUAUCAUUCAGACAUGUGGUUAUUACUACUAUUUUUAUAACUAUCAAGCGUUAUAUGUCUUUUCGAUUGAGCAUGUUAUUAAAAUGGAUGGAAGAAACAAUGUUGCUAUUGAUGUUGCUUUACAAACUGUUGCUCAGGUUGUGCAGAAUCAGCCUAAUGUUGGUGGGAAUGACAAGUUCCAACAUUUGGGGAAGUUCCAAAGGAAGAAUCCACCUACUCUCAAGGGUAGGUACGAUCCUGAUGGAGUGAUGACUUGGCUCAAGGAGAUUGAGAGGAAUUUCAGAGUGAUGGAUUGCUCUAAAGCACGGAAGAUGCGGUUCGGUAUGCAUAUGUUAGAUGAGGAAGUUGAUGACUGGUGGAUCAACACUCGCCAGGUGUUAGAUGUUGAAGUUGGAGUUAUCGGGAGGUUUCCAGAGUUGGUGAACAAUUUUAGAAUUUAUGAGGAUGAUGGUAAGGCUCGGUCGACUCACUACAAGGGGUUAAGCAAGAGAAGAGGAAAGCAUAAUCUGAACUGUGGGAAGCCAUAUAGUGCUAUAGCUGAUAAAGGUAAACAAAGAGUUGCUGAUGGUAAGAGGCCAAGUGGGGGAGGUGCUCCCACUUCUCUUAAGUGCUAUAGGUGCGGUGAGUUGGGUCAUUGUUUCAGUGAAUGCAAGAGUGAUAAGAAGAAGUGUUACAAGUGUCGGAAUCCAGAACAUGUGGUUGCUGAUUGCAAAAAGAAUGUGGUGACUUGCUACAACUGUGGUGAACCAGGACAUAUCAACACUCAUUGCCAGAAGCCUAAGAAAGCCUUAAUUGGAGGAAAGGUGUUCGCUCUGACAGGAACUCAGACUUCUAAUGAUGAGAGGUUGAUCAGAGGUAUGUGUUAUAUUAAUAAUACACCUUUGAUUGCUGUUAUCGAUACUGGCGCUACUCAUUCUUUUAUUGCCGCUGACUGUGUGAAAAGGAUAGGCCUUGUUGUGUCUUCUAUGAAUGGAGAAAUGUUGAUCGAAACUCCUGCUAAGGGUUCAGGAUUACUACUUCAGUUUGUUUGA